UCAAGAGGCUGAAGAAAGUUUCUGAAAGGUGGUUGGUCGUAUAACCGAAUUUUUUAUACGAAACACCCUUGUGUUUAGAAAAUACGUAUUUGAUCAGUUAAAGUUUACUUUGAUAUGACUGAGGAACAUCAAUUACCUUCUGAUUCUGAUGAAGACGAUGAAGAUUAUGUUCCUGAUGGUGUGGACAGUGAACCUGUUUCAGAAGUAGAAUCUGAAGGUGAUGCAGAAAGUGGUCCUGAAGAUGAAAAUGAUGAAAAUAAGAGAGAAACCUCAAAGAAAAGAGGAAAGAAACGAAAGAAUGUUACAAAGACUAAAGCUAAAAAACAUAGGAGGUCAAGAAAAGAUGUGAAAGAUGAAAGCAAGGAAAAAGAAGAAGAAGGAGUAGAGGAAUCCAAAGAAAAGAAAGAACUUACUGCAGAAGAGGAAAAGAAAAAAGCAGAUUCUCUUUGGGCUGACUUCAUGAAAGAUACAGCUGUUGUAUCUAAACCUAAACCACAAAACUCAACAAGUAAACAAAAAGAGAAAGCACCACCUUUGGAAAAGCCAAAAGUAGAGGAAAAAGUUAAAAUAACUAAAGUAUUUGAAUUUGCUGGAGAGGAAGUGAAAGUUGAGAAGGAAGUGCCAAUAGAUUCAGCAGAAGCUAGAUUGUCUCUUUCUUCAGCUGAGAAUUCUGAGAAAACAGAAAAUUCUGCUUCUCCUGCAGGGAAAGGUUCUGGAAGGGGAAGGGGUUUCAAACGAACUGGCCUAGGAGGUAUUUCUUCAGUUCUUGGGCAAAUAGGGAAAAAAGCUAAAAUCAGUACGCUUGAAAAGUCAAAGUUGGAUUGGGACAGCUAUAAAAAGGAAGAGGAUUUGGAGGAUGAGAUUAGUACUCAUAACAAAGGCAAAGAUGGAUAUUUAGAGCGUCAAGAUUUUCUACAGAGGGCAGACUUACGACAAUUUGAAAUUGAGAAACAAUUACGUAAUACUAAUCGACGCAGUACACGGUGAAUUUAUAUCACAAUUUUUGCAUAUGUUUCUUCACUACUGGUGAAGAUCAGAGAUGAUAUUAAAAUGAAUAUCCUUAUUAGACUUGCCAGUUUCCGGCGUUUAUAAAAUGUAUUUAAUUCUAAUUCCUCAAACACUCAGUAAUGUCUCAGCAUGUACAAAAAUGUGUUUGCCUCGCUUGACUUGAUGAUUGUCUGGAUCUGUUUACAAUAUGGUCGAGAGUCAACUAUGUGAGAAGAGACUGAUCAUUCCAAUACAUUAAAUAAUAUAGUAUAUUACUAGUAGUUUAAAUUACCAACUGCGAGCUAUGUCUCGGUCUAUUAAAUCACAGAACUUCGCAUCGAAGCAGGGUGUUUGCUUCAAAAACCCCAGUGUAUUCUAAUAACACAAGCUCCAGAAACACUUUUAUUCCGUUUCAGUGAAGAAAAAGAACGAUUAACACAAUAUAAAUAGUGUAAGCAUCUGUUGAGAAUGAAUACUUACGAAUAUAUGUAUGGCUUAGAAAUA